UGCGUGCGAUCCUCGAACGAAACGGUUGAGCUCACUGCGUGAGCGGCACUAACAAAACGCGUUGAAUGUAAAUUUUUGUAUAAGCCGAGCUGAGCUUAAAGUGUUUUUGUAUAUAUACAUACAGUAAAGCGGUGUUGAGAUACAUACAUUCUAUAUGUAUAUAUAUUGAUCAAUAUCCAAAACAAAAUUAAUGAAUUAAAUGUCAAAAGUAAAACGAAACGUCUACGUGCGCAAAGUGUGUGUGUAAAAAAUAAAAAAGUAAAGAGAGCGCAACCGAAUGAAAAAAACGUGAUGCAGCAUUGUGUUGGAAAUUGUAUCUGAGACGUUCGCGUCGCGUCCAAACGGAAAAUAUGUGAAUUAUGUGUGAAAAUUGUUAAAAUUAUUGUGGAAAAUGUGCACAAAUGCUGAGCCUAAGUAAAGCAAUCUUAAACACGAGUCUACAUCGAGUUGAAGCUGAAGCGAAGCCAGCAAUCACAACAAAACGAAACAGAACAAAUGCGAGAAGCAAAGAGAGCGAUAACAGCGAGAGCGUAGUGCGGAAAUGCUGUUUGCAUAUGCAACAAAAAUGCAGCAAACAAUUGAAUACAUAAUUUAAAAAAUUCAAUUGUUCUUUUUUUUUUUUGAAAACAUUAGAAACAAAAAUAAACAAUACACAAACACAAAAACACACACACACAUACGCAGAGACAACUGAAAAGAGCGAACGUGAACUUCAAGCAGAUUGGUAGCACUUUUUUGUCGCUGUUAGUUAACAGAAUUGCUUAAUAGAGCCAUCGAAGCAGACACUUUAACAGCUGAGAGAAGGUGCGUUGUUUUUGUGUGUCGCCCUUCGUAACAACUAUUACCAAUACCAGAAGAAUACCCUAUACACACAUCGAAACAUGGAUAGGGAUAGCCUUCCUCGCGUACCGGACACACACGGCGAUGUUGUCGAUGAGAAAUUAUUCUCGGAUCUUUACAUACGCACCAGCUGGGUGGACGCUCAAGUGGCGCUCGAUCAAAUUGAUAAGGGUAAAGCGCGUGGCAACCGCACGGCAAUCUAUCUGCGUUCAGUAUUCCAAUCCCACCUCGAACAACUUGGCAGCUCGGUGCAGAAGCAUGCGGGCAAGGUGCUCUUUGUGGCCAUCCUGGUGCUGAGCACCUUCUGUGUGGGCUUGAAGAGUGCCCAGAUCCACUCGAAGGUGCAUCAGCUGUGGAUACAGGAGGGCGGAAGACUUGAGUCCGAGCUGGCCUACACACAAAAGACAAUUGGCGAGGAUGAGUCCUCGACGCAUCAGCUGCUCAUCCAGACAGCGCACGAUCCGAAUGCAUCUGUACUGCAUCCGCAGGCGCUGCAAUCGCAUCUGGAGGUGCUCAUGAAGGCGACGGCGGUCAAAGUGCACAUGUACGACACGGAGUGGGGAUUACGGGACAUGUGCAACUCACCGACGACGCCCAGCUUCGAGGGACACUAUUAUAUUGAGCAGAUCCUCAAGCAUUUGAUACCAUGCUCCAUUAUAACGCCACUGGAUUGCUUCUGGGAGGGCAGUCAGCUGCUGGGACCCGAAACUCCCGUCUAUAUACCUGGCCUCAAUCAACGCCUCAUGUGGAGCACCUUGAAUCCCUCGGAGGUUAUGCAGUUCAUGAAACAACAAAUGUCGGAUCAGAAGAUUAGCUUUGACUUUGACACCGUGGAGCAGUACAUGAAGCGCGCAGCGAUUAGUAGUGGCUACAUGGAGAAGCCAUGUCUGAAUCCCCUGCAUCCCUCGUGCCCGGACACGGCGCCCAACAAGAACAGCCCCACACCGCCGGAUGUGGGUGCGAUCCUCUCGGGCGGCUGCUAUGGCUAUGCGGCCAAGUAUAUGCACUGGCCGGAGCAGCUGAUUGUGGGCGGGGCGCAGAGGAAUCGCAGCGGACAUCUGCGGAAGGCCAAGGCACUGCAGACGGUGGUGCAGCUGAUGACGGAGAAGGAGAUGUACGACCAGUGGCAGGAGAACUACAAGGUGCAUCACAUUGGCUGGACACAGCAGAAGGCGGCGGAGGUGCUGAAUGCCUGGCAGCGCAACUUCUCCCGCGAGGUGGAGCAACUGCUGCGCAAGCAAUCUCGCAUUGCCACCAACUACGACAUCUAUGUGUUCAGCUCGGCCAGCCUGGAUGACAUUCUGGCCAAGUUCUCGCAUCCCAGUGCGGUUAGCAUUGUCAUUGGUGUCGCUGCCACAGUGAUCUAUGCCUUCUGCACGCUCCUCCGUUGGCGGGAUCCGGUGCGUGGCCAGAGCAGCGUCGGCGUUGCCGGAGUGCUGCUCAUGUGCUUCAGCACGGCGGCGGGAUUGGGUCUGUGUGCCCUGCUGGGCAUUGUCUUCAAUGCGGCGAGCACUCAGGUGGUUCCCUUCCUGGCCCUGGGUCUCGGCGUGGAUCACAUCUUCAUGCUGACGGCGGCGUAUGCGGAGAGCAAUCGCAAGGAGCAAACGAAACUGAUACUGAAGAAGGUCGGACCCAGCAUACUGUUCAGUGCCUGCAGCACGGCGGGAUCCUUCUUUGCCGCCGUCUUCAUUCCGGUUCCGGCCCUGAAAGUCUUCUGCCUGCAGGCGGCCAUCGUCAUGUGCUUCAAUCUGGCGGCAGCUCUCCUGGUUUUUCCCGCCAUGAUCUCUUUGGACUUGCGUCGUCGCACCGCCGGACGUGCGGACAUCUUCUGCUGCUGUUUUCCCGUGUGGAAGGAGCAGCCACGGUCCCCAUCACUGACCAUGAACAACAACAAUAUUCGGGGAUCUCGUCACGUCAAGAACUGCAACAAUAUGCGUUCCUCGGGUCAACUGCAGCAGCAGCAGCAACAACAACAACAACAGCCUGCCCAGAAUCCGCUGCUGGAACCACGUGCUGUGGGUGGCGUCGCCAGCUCCCUGCCCUCCUUUUCCCUCGCCAACUUUGCAUUCAAGUAUUACACGCCCUUCCUCAUGCGCAGCUGGGUCAAGUUUCUGGCCGUGAUGGGAUUCCUGUGUGCCCUCAUCUUCAGCCUGUACGAGGCGACGGCUCUGCAGGAUGGCCUGGACAUCAUUGACCUGGUGCCGAAGCACAGCAACGAGCACAAGUUCCUGGACGCACAGUCGCGUCUCUUUGGAUUCUACAGCAUGUAUGCGGUUACCCAAGGGAACUUCGAGUAUCCGACGCAGCAGCAACUGCUCUGCGAUUACCACGAAGCCUUCGUACGUGUUCCGCACGUGAUCAAAAAUGAUAAUGGCGGACUGCCCGACUUUUGGCUGAUUCUCUUCCGCGACUGGCUGACGAAUCUGCAGCGGAUCCUUGAUGACGCCGUCGCCGACAGGACUCUGACCACGGAGGGAUGGCAUCCAAAUGCCAGCAGUGAUGCUAUACUCGCCUAUAAGCUGAUUGUGCAGACGGGACAUGUCGAUAAUCCCGUGGACAAGAACCUGGUGGUCACCAAUCGCCUGGUGUCCAGCGAGGGCAUCAUCAAUCCAAAGGCCUUUUACAAUUAUCUCUCCGCCUGGGCCACCAAUGAUGUGUUCGCCUAUGGAGCCUCCCAGGGCAAACUGUAUCCGGAACCGCGUCAGUAUUAUCAUGCGCCCACCGAGUAUGAUCUGAAGAUACCCAAGAGUCUGCCCCUGGUCUAUGCCCAGAUGCCCUUCUAUCUGCACGGUCUGACGGACACCUCGGAGAUAAAGACAUUGAUUGGUCACAUUCGUGAUUUGAGCGUGAAGUACGAGGGCUACGGACUGCCCAAUUAUCCAUCAGGCAUUCCCUUCAUCUUCUGGGAACAGUACAUGACGUUGCGCUCCUCGUUGGCUUUGAUUUUGGUCUGCGCCUUGUUGGCUGCCCUGGUUUUGGUCUCGCUUUUGCUGCUCUCGGUCUGGGCUGCUGUGCUGGUCAUCAUCACGGUGUUGGCCUCGCUUGUGCAAAUCUUUGGCGCCAUGACACUGUUGGGCAUCAAAUUGUCGGCCAUUCCCGCCGUCAUACUCAUCCUGGGCGUGGGCAUGAUGCUCUGCUUCAAUGUGCACAUCUCGCUGGGUUUCAUGACAUCCGUGGGCAAUCGACAGCGUCGGAUUCAUCUGGCGAUGCAGCUGUCGCUGGGUCCCUUGGUGCAUGGCAUGCUCACCUCCGGCAUGGCAGUCUUUAUGCUGUCCACAUCUCCGUUUGAGUUCGUCAUCCGUCACUUUUGCUGGCUGCUGCUCGUCGUGCUCUGUGUGGGCGCCGGCAACAGCCUGGUGGUGUUUCCCAUUCUACUGAGCAUGCUGGGACCGGAGGCGGAACUGGUGCCACUGGAGCAUCCGGAUCGCAUCUCGACACCUUCUCCUGUGCCCAUGCGCAGCAGCAAGCGUUCCAACAAGUCGUUCAUUGUGAACGGAUCACGUGGAUCGUCGCGUAACUCCGGAUCGAAUAAUUGUCACAAGGCACAUCAUUAUCACAAGGAUAUCAACAUAAAUGAUCCAUCGCUGACAACGAUUACGGAGGAGCCGCAGUCCUGGAAGUCCAGCAACUCAUCGAUACAAAUGCCCAACGAUUGGAGUGCGCCUCCAACGCCGACGCAUCAUCAUAAUCAUCUAAACAAUCAUUACAUGAACAAUAUCAACUACCAGCAUCGUGAACGUGAACGUGAGCGUGAAAGGGAAUGGGAACGGGAGCGUGAUCCAACGCAUCCCUCGUCAUCGUCCAGCUCGAAUUGUUCGUAUGCGGGACCGCCGCCCUCGUAUCACAAGUUGUCGCAGCCCUCGUUGGGCAGCUAUCCGCCACCGGAGCUGCAGAGCAUUGUGGUGCAGCCGGAGGUGACCGUCGAGACGACGCAUUCGGAUAGCAAUACCACCAAGGUGACGGCCACGGCCAACAUUAAAGUGGAGCUGGUAACACCGGGACGUGCGGUGCGCAGUUAUAACUUUACGAGUUAGCCCUGGUUAGCCCAUUAGUUCCUGUAGCCAUUAACUAACGUCUAAACUAUGUAUCUCUAUCUAUAAACAAAAGUAUCUUUAAACUCUAUUUGUAACUGUUACUCUAACUGUAUCUUAAUCCUGUAUAUGUAUAUGUGUAUGUAUAUGUGUAUGCAUGUUAGUUAAUUUCCAUUUAUACAUAUAUGUCUGUGUAUAUAUGUAUGUAUGUGUGUCUAGAAUAUAUAUAUAUAUAUCUAUAUAUAUAAAGAAAGCAGCUGCUAAGCUCCAUUGUAUGUAUGUAUUUAGUACUUAAGGCAUUUUUAUACAUAGAGUUAUUUAUUGUAACACCCACACACACACACACACCAAUACACACACACACAAACACAGCUAUGUACUUAUACAUAUGUAUAUCGGGGCAUUUCAACAUGUCCCGUUUUCAACGCGAGAUUCAAAUAUCAAACCAACCCACACUAGUAAUUUAUAGCAUUUAAUUUAGUUUAAAUAUGUACAUAAAACACAAGGACUUGAACCAAAAUAGUAUCGCUUAAAAAAAUAUAAAAAAAACAAACAAAAAACACAUAAACAAUGAAUGUAAGAAUAAAACAAAAACAAAACAAAAAAAAAAACAACAAACGAAGAGAAAUUUACUAAAAUAACAAACAAAAUGAAAUGAAAAAACCAUCCCGUAGAUACUUACACUACCAAAAUUCUUAUUGAUUAAAGGACAAUGCGAUGAACAAGGACAAGAACUGUAUGUCCUGUUUACAAUUAACACACAUUAUAUACAGUUCUUAAAAAGCGAAAGCAUUUAAAUAAAACGAAACAAUUUGUAAAGCGAA